AUGCUGGUUUCCAAAAGAAGCCGCCGUAACUCCAGGCAUCUCAACAAGAAAGGAAAGCCAGAGCUGGUUUCGGGGAACGGGCCUCAAGGGCCGAUUAGUAAAAACGGGAAAGGAGGGAUUAAAGCUUCAGAGAAGGAGAAAGAGGAUUUCGGGACGGGAUCUAAGGCGUCGAAGCAGACGAGGGAUCAGGCAGCACCAAUUCAGGAAAGGAGAGGAAAUCAUAAUCGGAAAGGGGAGGUGGAGGCGUCUCCUGCGGCCAGAGUUGGUAACAAGGGGAAGGAAGUCGACACAGACCUAAACGACGAGGGCAAAGGAAUUUUGGGCUCGGGCCCAUCUAAGUCUCCUAACAGGGGUACUGUUUUUAGGCCCAAUUCCGAGGCCUGCCACCCCUCUAAGUCUGGGCAAUCUGAUAGUGAGGUAAAGCUGGCAGCGAGCAGGCCAGAUGAGCAGGCUUCUUCUCCGUCCGUGGGCCUGGUUUCCUUAGCGGGCCAAGCCUCAACCUCCUCUGCAGCUCACCUGGUCAAGUCUUUCGUUGGGCCGAAUGGAACUAGAAUGCAGAUAGUGGCUGUGCCGUCAUCUCCAAACCGAACCAGACAAGCGGAAGUAAAGUCUCCAUCGGCGGGUGAACGAACAAAAACCAAGAAAGGUGCUCGACGGCAAUCCAAGAAAGGAUCACCAGUGAAGUUCCAGUCCUCCAAGGCUCUGCAAAUUUGGUCGCCGGUGAAGGACAGGAAGAGCAAAUCCAAGGCUCGGCUGGCGACACUCACUUUGGAGGAUAUCAACGCCUGGACCUGUGCCGCGGCGGAGAAGGCUGAUUGGAGACCAGAACAUGACAGGAGCGAGACUAGGCGUUCCGAACAGUGGGCUCCGGCCGGGGACUGGGGUGAUUCGGCCGCUCUCCAAGAUUAA